AUGAGGUUCAUCUUGAUAUUCGUGACCCUCGUGCUCGGCCUCUGCGACGCUGCGAGACGUACGACGACCGCGGCUUCGACCGCCGCUGCCUUCGGGGGCAGGCAACUCGCACAAAACCGCGGCCAAUCUCAAGGAAACGUAUGGGACCUCGUGGAGCUACAGAAGCUGGACAAGCAACAGGACUUUUGGAAUCAGGAACCGACAGUGAAUACCACCGAAUCGGAAGAUGCAAGCACGUUGAGCGGAAGACAAAGCUAUCCGCUGCUUCCAGGCCCUGGAGACACGAACGAGCUACCCGGACCCAUAGCGACUCCCACACCCGCACCGAUCCAACCACCGCCUGGAUGUUACGGUUUACGUGGACAGUUCCCGAGCCCUAAGAGCUGUGUUAAUUAUUUAAAUUGUUGGGACGGUGUGGUUAUCGAACAGUCUUGCCCCGAUGGUCUGCUCUUCAACGCGGUUAAUUUGGUUUGCGAUUACGAUUACAACGUGAACUGCGGCGGUCGACCCUUGCCUACGCCAAAACCGUCUCUGCCCACGGGAUCUAAACUGUGCCCGGAGUCGAAUGGCCGCUACAGAAGUGCGACGAACUGCUCGGAAUUCUACGUGUGCGUUUUCGGAAGGCCCGUCAAGUUCGGCUGCCCCCGCGGCCUGGUCUACAAUGACUUAUUGGGUGUCUGCGACUACCAAUACAACGUGGACUGUAAAGGUUCAGCAACCCCUGCACCCCCAACUCCAUCGGGAGGCAACAGUCCAUUGACACAACCACCACCUCCACCACAGUCGCAAACGUAUGGACCUGUAUCUUCCUACGAAUCCUCUCCACCCCAACAGCCACCCUCUUAUGGACAACCAGGACCACCUUCUCAACCUCCACAAUCAUCAUCUUAUCCUGUCAACCCUUGGCUGAAUACUAGGACCAAUCGUGAUCCUUGGUACCAGGAAUUGAAAAUGAACAGGGACGAAGAAUCGCUCUUCAACGGGCAACAACAGCCGCUAGAGGCGGUUCAGAAUCCAUGGAAUACGGUGCAAAAUAUUCCUGCGAGCCUAGUCUCGGUACCGUGUGAAAAUGGUAUCGUGCAUAGGCUCAACGACGCCUGUACGAACGUGGUGAUUUGUAGAAACGGUCAUCCUCAACUGGUGCAAUGUUCCGCGGGGCUUAUGUACGACAUACCAUCGGAAUCCUGCCAACCACCCUCUGUUGCCAAAUGCUAA